CCAUGGCGGCGCGGCUGCUGCCGCUGCUGCUGCUGCCGCUGGGCUGGGUCUGGCCCGGCGCCUGCACCGACCCUCCGGGUGGCGGCUGGGUGGCGGGCACGGUGCCGGAGGAGCCACGCUGCACCGUGGAGCGAGCUGAUGCCUCCCUCACCUAUUCCCUCUUCCUGCAGCGGUUCGCCUUCUCCCGGCCGGUGAUCCUCGGUGGGGUCACGGACAAUUCGGCGUUCCGAGCCCUCUGCACCCGGGAGAAGCUGCUGGCGGCCUUCGGGCCCUUCCCGGUGCGGCUCAGCACGGCCAACACCUACUCGUACCGGAAAGUGGAUGUGCCGUUCCAGGAGUACGUGGAGCACCUGCUGAAGCCGCAGGACCCGGCCCGGCUGGGCAGCGACACCCUGUACUUCUUCGGGGACAACAACUUCACCGAGUGGGGGCCCCUGUUCCAGCACUACGUGCCCCCUCCCUUCCGCAUCCCGGGCACCAGCCCCGCCUACAGUUUUGGGAUCGCAGGCUCAGGCUCUGGCGUUCCCUUCCACUGGCACGGCCCCGGUUUCUCCGAGGUGAUUUUCGGCAGGAAGCGCUGGUUUCUGUACCCGCCGGAUCAAACCCCGCACUUCCACCCCAACGAGACCACGCUGGCCUGGCUGCAGCACACCUACCCCACACUGCCCCCGGCCCAGCGCCCGCUGGAGUGCACCCUGCGCCCCGGGGAGGUGCUGUACUUCCCUGACCGCUGGUGGCAUGCCACACUCAAUCUGGACACCAGUGUCUUCAUCUCCACCUUCCUGGGCUAGGGCUGGCAGGGACAAGGACACGUCACCAGCAUGGCAGCCAGGCCAGGAGCUCCAGCUCCUGCCACCCUCAGGGACAGGCCACUGGUACUGGGACCAACUGCCUGGGAAAAUUGUGGUUUUUACUGAUCUUUGCCCUCCCCUUCGGAUUAAAGUUGUUCUACUGAAA